AGAGUGCUAUAAAGAGUGGGAAAGGAGGGAGGAGAGGAAGAGAGAAAAGUGAAUUGGAUUGCAUCUCUCGCUUUGUGUUGGAAGAGGGGAAUCGUAGAUCUGAUUUCUUUCUUUCUUUUAAUAAUAAUUUUGUGAUCAGAAUUAUUGAGCUGAAGAAAAGACAAUGGGAUUGUGGGAAGCUUUUCUCAAUUGGCUACGCAGCCUUUUCUUCAAGCAGGAAAUGGAGUUAUCUCUAAUAGGACUUCAGAAUGCUGGGAAGACUUCCCUUGUAAAUGUAGUUGCUACUGGUGGAUAUAGUGAGGACAUGAUUCCAACUGUGGGAUUCAAUAUGAGGAAAGUGACAAAAGGGAAUGUUACAAUAAAGUUAUGGGAUCUUGGAGGACAACCUAGGUUCCGCAGCAUGUGGGAACGUUACUGUCGUGCCGUUUCUGCUAUUGUUUAUGUUGUUGAUGCGGCCGAUCCAGAUAACAUUAGCAUAUCAAGAAGUGAGCUUCAUGAUUUGCUGAGCAAACCUUCAUUGAGUGGCAUCCCUUUGCUGGUAUUGGGGAACAAGAUUGACAAAGCGGAGGCUCUGUCUAAACAAGCACUGACCGACCAAAUGGAUUUGAAGUCAAUUACUGACAGGGAAGUUUGCUGCUUCAUGAUCUCAUGCAAAAACUCGACCAACAUCGACUCUGUUAUUGACUGGCUUGUAAAGCAUUCCAAAUCAAAGAGCUGAGAACCUACUUUCUGUUUUGAAUUCUAAUGCAAUUUACGGGUAACAUUUUCUGGAUUUACUAGAGGCAUUUGCAUGUCUAACUCGUUUGCUGAUUGAUUUAUUCAUCCCUUUUGUCAGAUGCUUUGUAAUAUAAUAUCAUAUCAUUCUUGUCCGAUAGGGAAUUAAACGGGAUGACAUACAUGUGAAGGGUUACUUUAUGAGCAAAUUAUAUCGUGUGUCAUAGGAGUAGCUAUAUCAUUAAAAAUUCACUGAACUGCCAUGAGAACUGAUCUUUUUAUCGUUGUAAAUUAGAUUGGAUAUUAGAUUCUUUCGAAGGACCCAGUAGCGCGUGUCCUUACGCUAAUUCCAUGAGUUUGCCAAACAUGAACAAA